CACACACACACACACACACACACACCAGUGCAGCGGCGGAGAAUUAUUGAAAUCAUGCCGAAGGCAAAGCCCUGACACUACCAGCAGACAGUCACCCACUUGCAGCUCCCGUGACAUCUGCCAUAACGUAUUGUUCAGCGGCAAUAUCUCGCCUUGGACCAGAGUAGUACACAAUGUACUCGGUUUAGGUCAGUCCUGUUGAUCUGAUCACUUCAAAGACACGUCUUCAUAGAUCUUCUUUGAGCGCAGAAUGGAAAUCCAGCAUCAUCGCCAAGCUAAGUCCAUCAUUCAGACACCUGAUAAUCGAUCCUACGUACAGGUAUUUGUUAACCCAUGAGUUCCGUGGCAAGCUCCCUUGAGCUUGCUCCUGGAGGACAGGGCAAUGUCAACUGCAAUGCUGAUAGUCGGGCAGGACUAUCACACGAGAGGCGGAAGGAUGUGAUCAUAGAAGAUGCGGAAGUGGUCCAGAGACUCAUCGAUCGUAACCUGGAGAGCAGGAACGUGCGCGUGUUCCUCUCGUCGACGUUCCGCGACUGCCAGGCGGAGCGCAACAUACUGCAGCGCAAUGUCGUGCCCCUGCUGCAGAGCUGGUGUGCGUCGUUGCGUCCCGAGCCGCUCGGCUUCAACGUGCUGGAUCUGCGGUGGGGAGUGACUGACGAACAGGUGCAAGGUGGAGGCGUGGUGGGAAUCUGUCUGGACGGAAUAGACCAGUGCCGUCCGUUCUUCAUCGGCAUUCUGACCAACCGAUACGGCUGGCAUAAUACAAGUAAACUAGCUGGGACAGGCAAUGGCGAGGAUGAUGAGAACUCACUGCUUGUACAGACUAUAGCAAGAGCUUCCUCGCGUCACCCAUGGGUGCUACGCUAUGACGAGAGAAGCGUCACCGAGCUGGAGAUCAUGCACGGAGCGCUGCGCCACGCACAGACCAUGAAGAAGCGGGCGUUCUUCUACUUCCGUGAUGCCAACUUCGUCCCGGAUGGCUCUGCCGAGGGCGACCCACCGGAGAGCGAUCUAGCUCUGCAACAGUUGGGUCUGCUGAAAGAAGAAAUAGAACAUGAUGGGUUUCCUGUCCAGGCCUACAAUGACCUAUCUGACUUUGCUGCUUAUGUGGAGAGAGACAUGAAGUCUAUGAUUAGCACGGAGUUCGAGGAGUGCAGCAAAGAGAUGAACAUGGAAGAGUACGAUGACAUGGAGCCGAUGGCAUUAUCAGCGUCUGAACUCGGUCGCCUUUUCCAAGAGGCCUACUGUCGCAUGCAAACAAGACUGUUCGUAGAGUGUCCGGAGAACAUAAGCGUGCCCCUGCACUAUGCGCUCGACACUCAACUCGAGUCUGCCGAGAUGUCCUCGCCGAUCGUUGUAACCGGCGACGUGGGUCAAGGCAAAUCCACCCUGCUGGCCUACGUGGCGCAGGAGGCGCGGAAAAAGGGCAAGACAGUGUGCAUACACUUCUGCGGCUGCGACUCCGGCUCGGUGAACACCGAGGCUGUGAUUACAAGUAUCGUUGACCAGGCUCGACUGCACGGCAUCCAACUGCCCGGGGACACUGACAUGAACACGGGCAGUAAAGCCGCCUCUUUCUACCAGCUGCUAAGUGGCAACAUCACUCUGGAGGAUCCGGUGGAUGACGGCAGGGAUAACAGCGCCAGCGAAGCAGUGACAUCACCGGAGAUGGUGGUUAUUCUUGACGCGCUCAACCUGAUGGACGGUGGUGAGGGUGCAAGCCAGCUUGUCCCCAACCUGGCCUGGCUGCCGUCGACAGUGGGCAAGAAUGUUCGCCUGAUAGUGUCAACUAAGCCCGGUGUUCUUCUCGAUAAGAUUGUGAUUGAGCGGCAGUGGAGAGUGGUGCGCGUCGAGGGUAUGGGCGAGAAUGCCAAACGCAUUCUUAUCAGCAAGAUACUGAAGGACCUCGGCAAGUGCAUCGACGAAGAGAAGUUGGAAACCAUAACACACGCACCGCAGACGUCCAAUCCGCUGUUCAUGGCGUGUCUUCUGAAAGAACUCUGUGUGUGUGGCACGUACACGUCCAUUGGGGAUCUUCUACAGCGCUACUUAGAGGCAGGGAAUGUCGUUGACCUAUUCAAAAAGGUCCUGGAGCGCUGGGAGAGAGACUAUGAGCUGAACAACCCAGACAAGAACUUCCGAAAGAACCUGGUGCGGGAUGUAAUGAUGUCGCUGUGCCUGUCCAACUGCGGCAUGACCGAGACUGAGCUUGUUCAAGCGCACAAGUCCAACCGAGCGGCACUCUCCCUGGUGCUGUCCUCUGCACAUGAUUCCCUCUUCUACAAUACAGUCGGCGUCAUCAGCAUCAACAACUUUGCACUGCUACAAGCAUGCAGAGAGCGAUACCUGACCGACGGCGAGACCAAGCGUGAAAAUGGACUGGAGAGGAGAGUGCACCUUUUCCUGUCCAAAUACUUUGAAACUGCCGACAUCUCCUUGGACCGGCGCGCACAGGAGCUGCCGUACCAUUUGAUGAAGACCCGGGACGAUGAUCGUCUGCUUCAGUACCUGACACUGCUGUCCACUCUGUCCAUCCACUGGGUCUCCGGCCUCAAGUUCCGUCUGAUGCAGUUCUGGCGCCACCUCGGUGGCUACGACCGGGCUGGAAAGGCGUACCUGAAGGAGCUGCAGUAUAAGUACUGCGACGAGCUGUCUGCUCCUCUGACGCCUGGCCCAAUACCUCACGACGAAGGCUCGUUGUUCUUGCCUGAUGGCGAAGACGGACACGCUGGCGAUGAAACCGCAGUGGUGGUGGCCGACGAUGACAUGUCUGAUGACAAGGAGGCCGACCUGGCGUGCGAUAUGGACAUGGUUGCCGAGUUCCUAUCGCAAGUGGGCGAGUACGAGAAGGCGUUGCCACUGUACAAACAACAUCUCGGUAUCAUGGUCAAGCAUGGCGGUGACUGCCACCCGCUGGCCGUGCGCGCUUUGCUCAACGCCGCCCAGUGCCAGCUGAAGGUCGGCCUGGUGGCGGAGCGCGGCAACUUCCAGCGCGCCAUUCGCUACUGCCAGCGCGCCAUGGUCGGCGCCAACGCGUGCUCGGCGCACGACAUGUUCGGCAUAGAGGGCGAUGACGUUCGCAGCCGGGUCCUACACACUCUCGGACAUCUGCAUCUCUGUGUGGCUCAGAGCAUGGAAGAGGGGCCAGAAAAGGAUGUUCAGCUGCGCGACGCAGAGGCACAACUUGUGCGAUCCAUCAAAACGUGCAAGAAGUGCUCAACAUCACGCAAUCGCCUGAUCAGCUACGGAUCCCUCAUUCUGGUCAGAAAGGAGAGCGGUGCGGACCUGGAAAGACUGGCAGAGACGGCCGUCGGAGUGCUAGAGUCGUGCUGCAAAGAGUUCGGCGAGCAGCACAUCGAGACCGCCAAGCUACACAACAUCUACGCUGAUCUUCUCCGCGAACUGGGCAACAACACCCAAGCGCAGUGUCACUAUCGACUCUCGCUCAAGAUCACAAGCGAGCUAUUGGGCAAGGAACACGCGGAGACCAAAGCACUGAAAGAGAAACUGGCGAGGAUUCACGAGAAUCUCACAAAGACGCCCGCUGCUGAUGAGCUGCGCCACCAAAUGCCGUGGAGUUUUGACUGCUCGACGACAAUGUCCAUCGACACUGGUGCGAGCGCAAGAAGCUGCAGGAGUUCGAUUGACGAAGACAGCUCAGCCACAAAGGAGAUAAGUAAACAGAUGGCUAGCCCCGCACGCAGGCAGAGUGCACCACCAGUCCCCAGCGCAUCCGCCACGGGCUUACCGAACCACAGUACCGAUGACAACCGCAAGAAACGAAAACAUCUUGAAUUCCUAGUCCAAGGGAUUGUCUCUGAGAACGUCAGUGACGCGGAGAUUGAGCUGGAAUCAGCUGCGACGUCCCGAUCAGCCCAGUCGAGUCCGAAGGCUGAACGCAGUGACCUAAAGAGAUCCGAUUCCAAGCAUAACUCGAGCCAGGGUGAUCUCAGGAAGCCCACGACCAUACGCAGGGAGCUGUCACUUAGCUAUGCCGUAUCUCUUCCGAGUCUUGAUUCGCCACAGGUGGUGGCAUCGACAGCCGCGUCGCACGAUUAUCCUUUUCCUGCAAUGGCGGACUGCAAGCCUCUCACGCAGUCAUCGCCAGCUCUGGACCUCUAUGUCAAUGGGCGCUGCAGGUACUGCAAGAAAGGUAAAUGCGGCCCGCUCAGUCGGUGCCGACUGUUAUCCUUCACGCAGCAAUUGAAGAAUGAUUUCUACUCAAGCUCAGAGCUGACGUAAAACAAAUGGGUCCCGUGCACGCCGGGAUGCAGGGUGCGUUCAAUUGUCACACAUUAGUGAAUUGGUUAGCUUCUCAUGUGUGUGUGUGUGUGUGUGUGUGUGUGUGUGUGUGUGUGUGUGUGUGUGUGUGUGUGUGUGUGUGUGUGUGUGUGUGUGUGUGUGUGUGUGUGUCUGUCUGUGUGCGCCAUGUGCGCAUAAAUGUAUACAGGCGUGUAUGUGCUUCAUACGGGACAAAUCUAUUCGACGAUGCUCUUGACUUCUGAAAUGAGUAAGAAAAUAGGAUUGGAUAGUAAAGAUUCAAGAUAGAACAUGCGCUGUGAACUUGUUUUCUGCUGACUUUAGUGACAUUUUUAAAGUGCUAAUUUCACACUGUAGUGCCUUGUGUCAAACUCAAGUUCCUGGAAAUUUUGCAAUUUCUGCACAUUACCACACUUAGCCCUCGUUUUUCUCUACUUUCCCCCAAAUUCUUCGGCAGAUUUUUCAUGGCUUUCAAUAGCGACAGACAAGACA